AACCAUAUUUCUUAAUAACAGCAAAUUUGCUUUGUUGAAAUAUGGUCAAUGCCAGAAACCUAGAGACGAAUAUUAUUUUCUCAUUUUUAUUCUAACCUGAACUUGUUUCUCUUUUUUCUUCUUUUUUAUUCAUUACUAUAAGAAGGAGAAAUUUUGUUUUUUAUCUUUCUUAAGAAUUCGCAAAGAUGACGUAAAAAAGUACAAGCAGUUAUGUAUUUUUUCAGAUAAAAUGGAUGUGAAUGUUGAAGAUAAAAUUGAGGAUUUUGAGACGGACAGGAAAGAUUUUUCAAAUGAAGAAGAUCCCGUAUUUUGUUCCGUUAAUGUAAAGGAAGAUGUAAAAAUGGAAAGCAUAGAAAUCAAAAGUGAACCUGUAAUAUAUAUGGAUGAACCUUCAGAAUCUGAACUCCUAUUUUCUUCUGAUCACAACCAUUUAACCUUAAAAAGAAAGCCCAAACGUGAAAGAAGGGCGAAGACCUUACAAAAAUUUCCUUGCUUUGAGUGUGAAUAUGCUGCCACAACUCGUCGAUUAUUAAAAGAACACAUUGAAAGUAAGCAUGAAGUAGUUGUAUAUCCCUGUGUUCAAUGUGACUAUUCUGCAACUACUGCUAAGAAUCUAAGAUCUCAUGUGGAAUGUAAACAUGAAGGAGUAAGGUAUCCUUGUCUCCAGUGUGAAUAUAUCUCUAACGGAAGAUCGGAUUUACGGAAACAUGUUAGAAAUAAGCAUGAAGGUGUGAGAUAUCCUUGUCAUAUAUGCACAUAUGCUGCAACAAGACCUGGUGAUCUAAAGAGGCACAUGGAAAGAAAACACAAGGGCAAUUUUUUGGUAAACCCGAAUAACACUGUAGAAUCAGAAUUAUAUACCAUCAUACCGGAAACAGAAACUACCAAAGCGGAAACAGAAAUUAAAUUUGAAUUAAAAAGUGAACCUUUGACUUAUGCAGAUCAAGCAGAGUUCAUUGAACCGGAAAUAGAAAUAAAAUCAGAUUUAGAAAACGAUCCUUCGACAUACUUGGACGUUUCAACUGAACCAAACCCAAAAUCUAUUUCUCACCAGAGUCGAAUACACUCAUGUAAACAAUGUGAAUUUUCUUCAACUUCAGCAUCUAGUCUAAGGACGCAUGUAAAGAGCAAACAUGAAGGAGUGAAAUUUGUUUGUGACAAAUGCGACUUUGUUACAACUUAUGCUAGUUCUCUUAAAAUGCACAUAAAUAAUAUGCAUAACGUUGUGAGAUAUCCUUGCGAAGACUGUGACUACGUAGGAACUACUGUUUUUAAUCUAAAAGCACACAUUGAAAGUAAACAUAUGGGACUUAGAUAUCCUUGUGAAUUGUGUGACUUUCAUUCAACCGCUCGACGGGAUUUAAGAAAACAUGUGAGAAAUAAACACGAGGGAGUGCGGUAUCCAUGUAAUAAUUGUGACUAUGCUGCUACGAGAUUAAGUGAUCUAAAAAGGCAUAUUGAAAGUAAACACGAUGAGGGAAGAUAUCUCUGUGAUAGAUGUGAAUUUGUUGCCACGACCGCAAGUAAUCUAAAAGUACACAUGAGAAGAAAACAUUAAUGCUUUUAUUCAAUUUUUAAAAAUUUCUUUUCAAAAAUUUUGGAAAUUUCUUAAUAAUUGCUUAUUAAAUAUCUAUAUAAUAUAUUGGUCAAAUCUUGCUUAGGGUUAUGAUAAAAAACAUGAAAUAUAUUUUCUACUUUAAAGUUGGGCAUUGGUCCAAUCUUCAGAUAAAGAGGACUUUUGACCUAUUCGGAUUUUUACCGUCUAUUUUUUUUAAGGAAAUGACAACUUAAUUUUCCAAAGAAAGUAUCGCUGUUUAUGUGAAACGGUAACUUGUAUAUUCAUUAAUAUUUGAUUUAUUUAAAUGGCUAUGUAUAAAUUUAUCACUAAAGUA